AUGGCAUUUCUUUGGAGUGCUGCCUUCGGGGGCUCUACCUCCUCCGCAUCCAGCGAUGCUGCAAAUAGAGAGGUUGCAUUGAUUUCAAUCGAAAAAAUUAUCGAGCGCAUGAAGACGGCAAGCCAGAUGGACGAGAUUCGCGCUGCCAUAAAGGGGCUCAAGGGUUUCUCACGCCCCUAUCCACUGGAGGUCGGCUCACUCGCCAUAAGACCGUUGCUGGCAACAAUAGUCGGCGCCAUCCGGACAGAAGUUGAGGAGCCCGAGGCUCGUCACGGAAGACAUCUUUUAGGUGCGGGUCCGCCCCCUUUUGAUUCUGACGAUGAUACCUCCUUAUAUCCCGCUAUUGAUGACACCGAGACGCUGCUGGACAUAAUCAAGCUGCUGUAUUAUUUAUGUAGGCCUCGGGAUGCGCCGGAAUUCAAAUCAAAUGUCGUCCCAUUUGCAGAGAUUAUCAUGAAGGAGGAGUCCGAUAUUCAUGCCCUGCUGCAUCUGCUUUCGUUAAACCAUGACCUCGAGCUACGGCAUCAACUGCUGCUAUUUCUGGAACUUUUGCUGGACUAUGAUGCUUAUCGGCUAACAGAGGUAGGCUCAGAGCCUUCCUGA